AAAUCUAUAUAUAUAUAUAUAUAUAUUUUUCUCUAUUACGGUUAUCCCGUUAAAGGGUACUUUAUCAUUGAAAUAUAUCAAAAUGCCACACGUCGUAUUCGACAUUGUCGGCACAUGCUUCACCUACGAGCGCUUCUUCGCCGCCAUUGAGGCGCGUCUCGGCGACAAGAUGCUCGCCGCGGGGAUCAAACCACGUUUGUUUGGCUACACCUGGACCGAGGUCGCCGAGCGGGAAUACACCUACCUGAGCAUGACGGGGCGGUACCUGUCCUUCCAGCACGUUUUCAAAUCGCUCUUCUACCGCAUGUUGUGGUUCUCGGGCAUCAAGGAGCCCCGCGCCUUCGCGACCGACGCGGACGUCGAGGCCUGUCUGGACGGCUGGCGCCACUUGGGCCCCCGCCAGGGACUGCAAGAGGCCAUGCAGAAGCUCCGCGAUGCCGGGUUCACGGUCUGGUGCUUCACUACGGGAGACGCGAAGCGCAUUCUGGGAUAUUUCCAGGACGCGGGUGUCGAGAUGGCGCCCGAGAGUAUUCUCUCGUGUGAUACCCUCGGUCUGUCCAAGCCCGCGCCGGAAGCGUAUAAGAAUAUGCUCGGCCGCUUUGAAGGGCAAGAGGUCUGGUUUGCAGCGGCCCACAGCUGGGAUGCGUCGGCUGCUAGGGAGUUUGGCUUCAAAACUGCAUACUGCUCCGAGGGCGAAAAGGAGCCUUGCUACGACAUCUUUGGAAAGUAUGAUGCAGAGGGUGUGACCAUUGUCGAGAUGGCAGACGCACUCAUUGCAAAGUCAAAAGGCGCUACACAAUAGAUUAUAGCGUUUGCAUUAUCGGCGUUUGUUGUUCGACUGGUUAUGAGUUAUUUGCAUAGCUGUGUGUCUCAGCUGC